AGUGGCGCGCGCAGGCCGCCGCCCCCCGCUGGCCGACGCUGGCGGCGUAAGGCGCGCGGGGGCUCCGCGGAGCGGGCGCGGCGGAGCGGCGGAGCCCGGCCCUCUCCGCCGAACAUGCCGAGGCCGGCCCCGACAGCGCGGGAGCCGGAUCGGGGGCCCGAGCCGAAGCGCGAACGUGCGCGGGGCCCGGAGCGGGGGACGCCGCUCUGCUGAGCUCGGCCGCCACCGCCCGCGGGCCCCAGGCGGGGCGCAGUGGGGCGCCACGAGAUUUAAGGCGGUGGGACCUGUUGGCAGAAUGUCUUCUCUCUCUGCAAGUGACCCUGAGGCCACCAAGAUGAGCACUGCAGCCAGGCCUGCGAGCACACCCGGGUGUCAAUAGCCGGGAGCCAAGGGGCCACCAGGCGCAAUGGUGUACUAGGCCGGGCGCGAGCUCAGGUUUCGCACUCGGAUCUCACGGCAGAGUCACCGUGGAGAGGCCAGGGUACCACAAACUUAUGGAUUUUGACAAGAAAGGAGGGAAGGGGGAGUUGGAGGAGGGCCGGAGAAUGUCCAAGACCGGCACAAGCCGGAGCAACCAUGGCGUCCGCAGCUCGGGGACCAGCUCAGGGGUCUUGAUGGUGGGCCCCAAUUUCCGGGUUGGCAAGAAGAUAGGCUGUGGGAACUUCGGAGAGCUUCGCCUAGGAAAGAACCUGUAUACAAACGAGUACGUGGCCAUCAAGCUGGAGCCCAUCAAGUCCCGGGCCCCGCAGCUGCAUCUGGAGUACCGCUUCUACAAGCAGCUUAGCACAGCAGAGGGCGUCCCUCAGGUCUACUAUUUUGGCCCGUGCGGGAAGUACAAUGCCAUGGUGCUGGAGCUGCUGGGGCCCAGCCUGGAGGACCUGUUCGACCUGUGCGACCGCACCUUCACGCUGAAGACCGUGCUGAUGAUUGCCAUCCAGCUGAUCACACGCAUGGAGUACGUGCAUACCAAGAGCCUCAUCUACCGCGACGUGAAGCCAGAGAACUUCCUGGUCGGGCGUCCGGGCAGCAAACGGCAGCAUGCCAUCCACAUCAUCGACUUCGGGCUGGCCAAGGAGUACAUCGACCCUGAGACCAAGAAGCACAUCCCGUACCGCGAGCACAAGAGCCUGACGGGCACGGCGCGCUACAUGAGCAUCAACACGCACCUGGGCAAGGAGCAGAGCCGCCGGGAUGACCUGGAGGCGCUGGGACAUAUGUUCAUGUAUUUCCUGCGCGGGAGCCUGCCCUGGCAGGGACUCAAGGCCGACACGCUGAAGGAGCGCUACCAGAAGAUUGGUGACACCAAGCGCGCCACGCCCAUUGAGGCGCUGUGUGAGAGCUUCCCGGAGGAGAUGGCCACCUAUUUGCGCUAUGUACGGCGCCUGGACUUCUUCGAGAAGCCAGACUACGACUACCUGCGGAAGCUCUUCACCGACCUCUUCGACCGCAGCGGCUACGUGUUCGACUACGAAUAUGACUGGGCCGGGAAGCCCCUGCCGACACCUAUCGGCACCGUGCACACUGACGUGCCCUCCCAGCCACCUCAUCGCGACAAAGCCCAGCCCCACAGCAAGAACCAGGCACUGAACUCCACUAACGGAGAGCUGAACGCUGAUGACCCCACCGCGGGCCACUCCAACGCCCCCAUUGCGGCCCCCGCAGAAGUAGAGGUGGCGGAUGAAACCAAGUGUUGCUGCUUCUUCAAGAGGAGAAAGAGAAAAUCCCUGCAGAGACACAAGUGAGGGUGGGUGCAGCCGCUGCCGAGAUCCCCAGGCGGUGUCCAGGAGGCUGGCAGUGUCCUUGGUGGCAUGGGGCUCUUUGGCCCAACUGCCGGCAUCAUCUUCGGGGAUUUGGGGCCACUUCCUUCACACAGGACUUUGGCGGAAAUCUCUACACCCAUGUCUCGUCCCCUUUGAGAGCAUUAACUAUUUAAAACCAGGAGAGAAGCGCCGCGCCAUCCCUGCUGCGCCCCCAUUAGCUCAUAAAGUCCAGCUUGUCCCCUCGAUCCAAAGGCCGUUUUCUCGAGUGGGGCAGGCCCGGGGCAUGGGUGUUACAUGGGGAGGCCAUGAGGCCUUGGCCACCAGGGGAGGCGCGUGCGCUACCACAAUGCUGCACCAAAGCUGGGGUGGAGCGUGGGACGGUCACCACGCAGGGACUGGACUGGGCCCCAUGGAGCCAGGGCUGCCGUGACCUGUGUCUCUGCGUGCUGGGCCCACGGGACAGAAUCGCCUUAACGCCCGACCUGGGGCAGCAGAGAGGCGGUCCCCAUAGGAGAGCCAGGCUGUGGUCGCGGGAGCUGAGUUCUUGCUUUACAACGUGUACAGAAAUGAACUUAUGUUUCUCCGGCGCUUCCUUGAAGCCAUAGAGUUUAGGGGCUUUUUUUAAAAAAAGAAAAAAAAAUUAAAAAGAAAAUGAAACCAUCCCCAAGCGUGGGCCUGGUCUUCGUAACCCAUAUAGGACAUUCAGGUCUAGGGACAAGAGGAUCCCUGUUGGCUCACUGGAGUCCUGGAGGAGCUGGGCGCCAGCUGAUCCAGGAAGGACAGAAGAGGCUGUGGGGACUGGGUACGGCAGGAAGGCUGCUGCACCCAAGUCUGUUGAUCAGCUACUCUGAGAGCAUUGCGCUGCUGCAGAGGGAAAGGCUGGGAAGGGCUUGGGGGUUCUGUCCGGGGUGACCAGCAAACAGGAGAAGUGAGCAGGGGGCAGCUGGGCUUGCUGCUUGCAGGGAUGGUUCCCUACACAGGUACCACCUACCAAAAAAUAAAGAAGGGUUCAUGGGAGAAGGGAGGAUGGAGGUAAAAGGAAAGCCAGGAGUAAGAAGACAAGGGGCUGGAGAGGGGGCCAUUCCAGAGCCCAAGUCACCCCUGAACCAGUUCCUGAGCACCACAGACAGAGGACACGGAAAUCUUUUUUUUUUUUUUUGCUUUGCUUUUUUUUUUUUUUUAAGAUUUAUUUAUUAUAUACACAGUAUUUUGUCUGCAGGCCAGAAGAGAGCACCAUAUCUUAUUACAGGUGGUUGUGAGCUACCAUGUGGGUGCUGGGAAUUGAACUCAGGACCUCGGAAGAACAGCCAGUGAUCUUAACCUCUGAGCCAUCUCUGCAGCCCUGUUUUUCUUUUUUGAGACAGGGUUUCUCUGUAGCUUUGGAGCCUGUCCUAGAACUAGCUCUUGUAGACCAGGUUGGCCUCGAACUCACCAAGAUCCACCUACCUCUGCCUCCCGAGUGCUGGGAUUAAUGGCAUGUAUUGCCACCGCCUGGCAGAAAUCUUUUUUAAAAAUACAUUUUAUGGGCUGGAGAGAUGGCUCAGUGGUUGGGAGCACUGACUGCUCUUCCAAGGGUCCUGAGUUCAGUUCCCGGCAACCACAUGUUGCCUCACAACCAUCUGUAGGGAGGUCUGGCGCCCUCUUCCGGCCUUCAGGUAUACACACAGACAGAAUAUUGUAUACAUAAUAAAUGAAUAUUUUUAAAAAAAUACAUUUUAUUGCUGGGCAAUGGUGGUGCACACCUUUAACCCCAG